CAAUCACUGCUCGCAGUUGUGUCAUCGUGAGCCAUCUGCAGUUGUGUGUUCCUGCUACACCGGAUACCAGCUAAUGCCUGAUGGCAUGACCUGUGAAGACACUAAUGAAUGCGAACAACUCCAGCAGCCAUGCACAGAGGGUUUCAACUGUGUCAACACCAUUGGGUCUUACAGCUGUCACCGAAACAUUAUCAGUUGCAGCCGGGGAUACAAGGCCAGUGAAGACCAUGCUCGGUGUAUUGAUAUUGAUGAAUGUCAGAUGGGGACACAUCACUGCAAUAAUGAACAGAUCUGCCAUAACACUCCUGGGAGCUAUCGCUGUGAAUGUGCACAGGGCUACCACAUGGACCCAUACAGCAGAGCCUGUGUAGAUAUCGACGAGUGCCAGAGGUACAGGGGACGUGUGUGUACCCAGAACUGUGAGAACACAAUGGGAUCCUACCAGUGCUCCUGUGGGGCUGGCUACAAACUGGCGGAGGAUGGGAGGAACUGCCAAGAUGUUGAUGAGUGUGAGGCUGGAGCCUGUAGCCAGCAAUGUGUGAACGUCCAUGGGUCUUAUCAAUGCUACUGUUGGCCAGGAUACUCCCUCAGCCCACUGGACAGAACGACCUGCCAAGAUAUUGAUGAGUGCUCCCUAACCUCCACCACCCUGUGUACCUAUCGAUGUGUCAACACCCCGGGAUCCUUCAGCUGUGCUUGUCCUGCUGGCUACAUCCUCGCCCAAAAUGGGAGAAAUUGCAAAGAUCUGGAUGAGUGCUCAUUGGGGACCCACAACUGCUCUGGGGCAGAGACCUGCUUCAACAUACAGGGCGGAUUCAAGUGCCUGUCCUUCGAGUGUCCUCCCAACUACCGCAAGGUGGGACAGAACCAAUGCGAACGCCUGUCAUGCCAAGGUUAUGUUGAGUGUCAGACAGUGCCACAGAGGAUCACCUACUACCAGCUCAGCUUCCCCACCAACAUUCGGGUACCUGCUGACAUUUUCCGCAUCAGCCCCUCGCCUGUCUACGUGGGGGACAACAUCCUGCUGGGCAUCACCCGCGGCAACGAGGGGCUCCACUUUGCCAUCCGUCGGGUCGAUGCCUACACAGGGUUCGUGUACCUGCAGCUUCCACCCCAGGCGCCCCGAGAAUUCCUCCUCGACGUGGAGAUAACCCUGAUCCGACGGGGCCGCGCCACCAAGUUCAUCGCCAGGAUCCACGUGUUCGUCACAGGACCCUCGCUGUGACAGCGUCCAGCUAUUCACUCCCCCUAUUAGAUGAAGGGUCAGAGAAAUUCUUUUCAUAAGCUGCAGCUGUAACUGUGUACGAGAAAAGCUUCUCUGUUUCUGUGCCGCAAUCAGAAACAAAAACUAAUGGUUCAUGAUAUCAGGACAAGGAAACAUAAUUAACCCCAAAAGGAGAAGUGAAACAGCUACACACAAAUUGCUGGUUGGAAAUCAAAAUGUUUGAUGCCUGAGUAAUAGGUUUCUGUUUCAGACACAGCUGUUUGAAAACAUAAUCCAGUGUCACAUUAACAAUGGAGAACGUACAAAAUAUUGUACGUUCUCCAUUGUUAAAGUACUCGUGUGUUCUGUCAUGAUGCAGUGAACUCAGGAAGGUUUGCACUUUUUUGGGAGCUGCACAAGGGGAGAGAAAACUUGCAUCGCACUGGCUCCUUCUACCACCAUAGCACGUACUGUGUCACCUGAAAAAUAGCCAAUUUGCCUGCAGCAAUUGAUCAACACAAACUCCCCCUUUACCAACCCACCCUGAAAGGACAAGAUGCAGAGGGAAGUUGCCUUUUCUUCACCGUAGCCAACUCAAAAUCCUAGAGCUCUCAUAAUGAGCACUUCCCCCUCCUCCGCCAUGUGGCGUAGGAGGGGGUUGUUAUCACAGGGCAUUCCCCCAAGACAGAAUUAAAGAACAGAGAAACAGCUGCCAUUGUUAAACACGUCUCUAAUGUUUUAUUUCUAGAAUAACCCGAAAGAAACCCUAAAACAAACAAAAAGCAAUAAAGAAAACAAAUAGUUGUAACAAAUUAAUUACACGCAGUACGUAAUUACAAUGCAGUAGGGGGAGGGGAAGGACGGUGGAGAGAAGGGGGUCGGGAGGGACAUUAGUUUCACCAUUCCUUCAACUGGUACCAUUUACUGUACAGUUCACACAUUGAGGAGCUUAACAACGACUUGGCCCCUGUUGACCAACUACCACUAGCCCUGCAGCUUGAAAGUUUAGUGUGAGCCUUUAAAACAGGCAAAAAACAUUUUAUUUAAAAAAGAAACAGAAAGACCACCCGAGGGGGGAUGGGAGCGCGCACACAAUUUGGAAGAGGCUAUUUCACAGAACAGACCGUCUCCCCCACGAACAGGCUUGUGCACAGCAAGACAACUGUGUCAGGCAUAACAAGGGAGUAAGGGGAGGGGGGGGAAGAUUUCUGAGGGGUCACUGCAGGAUUGUACAAGGCUUGUAGACUGAAUACAAAAAUGGGAGAGGAGUGCAGGUGGAAUUACCGGUUAUUGCAACUGCCAACCAGGCCAUGAUGGCUGUCUGCUCCCCACCCCCACCCCCCUCGCCUGUCCCUGUCUCCGGGUACCAGGGGCCUAUGCUGACCACCGCCUGGCCCUCUUCCUCGUGGCGCUGUCUGCGCAAGACCCAAUGCAGUCUCAAUCCAUGCACCACCCCAACGUCACGCCAGGCACCGGAAACAUCUCAAAUCGGUGCCUGCCCAGAGACAACAUCAAACCAACGAUGGCCAAUUUGACUUCGUCACCGAGAUGACCCGUGUUCCUGACAGAAUGGGGGUAGGGGCAGCAGGGGUUCAGUGACCUCAUUUGGUGACACCAAAUCCCUGUUUCCACCUUUCCUCCCCCACUCUUCCCCCCUGCCAAAUCACAACCACUGACCUCUUAGGGCAACUCGAAACUCAAUCCAAAACCCCUCCACAAUUGCUAGUGGUGGGGGAGGAAGAAGGGGGGAGGGGGUUUAUUGGGGAUGGGGAGAGGACAGACACAUGCACUGGAGUGUUGAGGAGGAUGUUCUGUGACCUCCCCACCCCAACCUCAUGGGUGGAUCAGGGCUUGGAAAUAGUUUCAACUUAAGGCCUCCUCAAUCAACCUCCCCAACAACCACCCCCCCACCCACCAAACCCCCAUACCCCACCCACAAAAACCCUAUAACCCACUCUCCCAGACCCUGGCAGUGGCUACAACCUGCCAGAGUGUCCCACCCCCACAAAGGCCUGUUUCCAGCCCUCCACCCCCACACUCCUAGGCUUGCGUCUGGCCUGGGUGGGGAGGAAGGAGCUCCGAUGUUGCUGUAUUUGGGAUCAUCCCCAACUCUCCUCUUCCCACUCUCUCUCUCGCCCACUCCCUCCCCCAAUCAUACACCCGCCCACAACCCCCUCCCCCCACCCCCCCAACCCUCCCUCCCCACCCCCGGCCCUUCUUCGCAGUUGCUCUCAGCAGGGUGAUGCCUGCCACACCUGGGUGUGGCAGGUUGGCCGUGAGUCCAUGACAAGAUGCCAAGGGGAUGCCCUUCGAUCAUAACUGCUGGAAUGGAGAGACACACAGAGACAGAGUGAAAACCCAACUGAGAGACCAGCAGCAACAGCCAGGCAAUUACAUAUCAACAACAAAAUCUAAAAAACAAACUAAGGUUUGGAGAUGUGUGAACCCACCUCUCUCGCUCGAGCUGACACCAGUCAGCCCAAGGGAACCAGAGUCAGGUUCAACCUGUGUAUCUACAGCAUGUUUCUCAUACACACACACAUAUACCACAGGCACUGCCCGAGAACAUCCCUGAGACAGUAUCAGGCCCUGAGCUGUGCUAGCAGCUAUCAGGACAGUAUCGAACUGCUCAGUCCAGAAGGGCAGGGUUUAAAGGGGGUGAGAGAUUCGGAGAGACGCAGAGGAACGGGAAGGACCUCAGAGGAUGGAGGGGGUGUAGGGGCAGGAGGUGGUGACUGAGAUAUGAAGGGGGCUGGAAGAUGGAGGGGGUGUAGGGGCCGGAGGAGGUGACAGAGAUAGGGAAUGAUGAAACACUGUGAAGGGUUUUGAAACCAUCGGAGACAGUGUUACAAUGGCGGUAACACAGUGUGGAGCUGGAGGUGUUACUAGAUUUGGAGUGAAUGGUUUCUAUAUCACUGCAUGCAGCCAGAGAGACGGCAGAGUUCAUGUAGCCGCAUUCGAUCGCAGUGGAUUGGAACAGUGCAGUUUGGAGGUAAUGAAGGGCUCCAGUAGCAGAGGAAAUGAGAGACAGGGGCAGGGCCAAGACAAACCUACAGAAAAAGUGAGACAUAUUGUUAAUUGAGAGGUAGGGUGGUGGUGUGUGAGAUUAAUAACACUCUUGUGUAACUUUAGCCACUCUGAUAUUAGAUGGCCAGAGCUGAAUGUAACAGAUUAAUCAGGUUUCUCCAAUGGCAGCCUACAGGCUGUGGUGGUCAUUAAACCAGAGGAUCUAGGCAAUAGUGAUCAUAACAUUAGACACAGGCAUAUUAACUGAUCCAGAGUCGGGGGAGCAACUGGAGGCAAAUUAGAUUUCUGAAAUUAGAAUUUGGGAGACUCACUGGCCCCAGCGACACAGGCCCAGCAACAGGAAAUGUCGCUGUGUUAAUAGAUAUGAAAGGAUUAGCUAAGCUCUCCUCCUGAACACAGGCCAAAUGGACAAAGAUACUGAGGCCGACAAAUCAGUAUGUGACUGGGGAAAAUGCAAAAAAAAAAAAACAUUGAUCGAGGACAGAUGAAGAAGUACUGCACAGGACAAAGAGCACAAUGUCGUAAAAGAUGGUAAAUUAGUAAAAAGAAUUCUACACUCUCAUAAAUGAGAGAGAUUGAGGCGAGAGGCAGAGCAUCAUGAGAAGGAAGCAAGAUAAAACUACUAUAAACUGGUCAGCCUGAUGUCAGUACUGGGGAAAAUGCUGUUGAAAGACCAGGAAUCCCAGAACCAUGAUCUAAAGGAGACAGCACAGGACUGAGAUGGGGAACAAUGUCUUCACCCAGAGAAUGGGAGCCUGUGGAAUUCUCUGCCACAGAAAGUUAGAUAUAGUUGUUAGGGCUAAAAGGGAUUAAACGGAGAAAGCAGGAAGGAGGAUCUGGGGGUUAGAUGAUCAGCCAUGACCUGAUUCAAUGAUGGAGCAGGCUUAAGAGGAUGAAUGGCCCCACUCCUGCUGUUUCUCAAACAUUACAACGGUGUGAAUGGCCUCCCUCUUUGGAAUGACUGCACUGUAUCAACAUCCAAAGCAGUGAUGGUAAUAAAAGCUGAAAUACUGAUAA